AUUGGAGGCCAGUGUAAUUGUAAGAGACAUGUGUCUGGCAGACAAUGCAAUCAGUGCCAGGAAGGAUUCUACAAUCUGCAACAGUCAAACCCUGAUGGCUGCAGUCCCUGUAACUGUAAUACCUCUGGGACAGUCAAUGGAGAUAUUACCUGUCACCAAAAUUCAGGACAGUGCAAGUGCAAAGCAAAUGUUAUUGGUCUUAGGUGUGAUAGUUGCAAUUUUGGAUUUAAAGCUCUCAGAUAUUCUAAUGAAGAUGGAUGUGAGCCUUGUUGGUGCAACAGCCACGGCUCAGUGAACCAAUUUUGCAACCCUCUCUCUGGGCAGUGCAAUUGUAAAGAGCGAGUGAAAGGGCUUCACUGUGACAUCUGCAUGGACAACUUUUAUGGGUUGGAUGUAACUGGUUGUAAGGCUUGUGAAUGUAAUGCUGCAGGGUCGUUUUCUGGAACUGUGUGCGAUGCCACAACAGGGCAAUGUGCAUGUAAACCAAAUAUUGGAGGAAGACAAUGCAACGAAUGCCUGGAUGGCUACCGCAAAGUACAGAAAAAUCAUUCCUUUGUUUGUCUGCCGUGUAACUGUGAUAAGGCAGGUACUGUCAACGGCUCUCUGCUUUGUGACAAAUCAACAGGACAGUGUCCAUGCAAAGCUGGUGUAACUGGCCUUCAGUGCAGUCAGUGCACGCUUCAUAUGUACAACCUCAGCAUGAGCAACCUCCUUGGCUGCCAGCGUUGCGACUGUGACGCUCUGGGCACGUUGGCAGGAACAGUUUGUGACCACGUUUCUGGACAGUGUGUCUGUUUGCCUCAGCGUCAGGGGAGAAGGUGUGAUGAGUGUAAACCAGGUUUUUACUUUUCUCCAUCCGGUGUCACUGGCUGUCUGCCAUGCCUGUGCCACACAGCUGGUUCAGUGAAUCAGAUCUGUGAUAAACUAACUGGCCAAUGUAGUUGCCAAGAUGCCUCUGUAACAGGACAGACAUGUGAACGUUGCAAAGAACUUUUUUUUGGGUUUGACUCUGUCACAGGGAGAUGUCAGCACUGUAAUUGUCAUCCUGCAGGAGCCAUUAGUGGGACUUGUCAUGUUGUUACUGGGCAGUGUGUUUGUAAACAAUUUGUAACUGGCUUGAAAUGUGACAACUGUGUUCCCGAUGCUAGUAAUUUGGAUGCCGACAACCUAUUUGGCUGCAGUAAAACUCCUUUCCAGCAACCUCCUCCUACAGGAGACGUUCUCAAUUCUUCUGUUAUCAGUCUUUCAUGGAGUUCUCCUGACUCUCCAAAUUCUAAUAGGCUUAUUUACCAGUUGUAUAGGGAUGAGGAAGAAAUUUAUACAACCGAAGACUACCAUCCUUAUAGUGUUCAGAACUUCACUGAUACCAUGUUAGCUCCAUACACCUUCUAUUCCUAUUCCAUCCAAGCCAGCAAUGUUCAUGGUUUUACAAGAAGUGCCUCAGUGACAUAUAGAACAAAAUCUGGGACACCUGUAGGAAGCUUGGAUUUAAAUCCUGUCUUUCCUGUUAGUCACCACUCUGUUUUACUUUACUGGACAAGCAUCUCUAAUGACUCUGGGCCCAUAGAGAAGUACAUUUUGACAUGUACUAGCUUGGUUGAUCUUCAGCCUUGUGGUCAGUAUGAGGGCUUAAAGACUUCAGCAAUUAUUUGGAAUCUCGUUCCAUUUACAAAGUAUGUUUUUUCUGUGCAAGCUUGUACUAGUGGAGGCUGCUUAAAGAGCCAGCCAGUAACAGUAGUUACUGCACAAGCUCCUCCAGAAGGGCUGCACCCACCAACGGUAGAAACUAUCAGCUCUACAGAAAUGGCUGUGGAAUGGUCACCACCUGAGGAACCAAAUGGUAUAAUUAUAAGAUAUGAACUUUACAUGAGAAAAAAAUUAAAACCAUCUGGGAACUUUCUUUCUCCUGAAAUUCGUGUUUUCCAAAGCAGUGGAUGGCUCAGUCCUCAACCAGUUGUGGAAUCUCGUAAUGAAAAUGCCCUGGCUCCACCGCAAACCAGUACCACAGUCAUUGAUCUGGAACCAUUCACAGAGUAUGAAUUUUAUGUGCUAGCAGUAAACAUGGCAGGUAGUGUAUCUUCAGACUGGGUAUCAGGACAAACAGGAGAGUCAGCCCCAGUAUUCAUGCCAUCUCCAUCAGUAUUCCCUCUUUCACCAUAUUCCCUCAAUGUAUCAUGGGAAAAACCUGAAGAUAAUUUAGCAAGAGGUGAAGUAAUGGGAUACAGUGUCAGUUUGAUGACUGAACAGAAGUCCUUUCCCCAGGUAUUAUUGUUAGUUUUGCACAUAGCUGAGGCUCACGAGCUCUCCUAUGUAGCAACGGGAUUGAAACCUUACAGGACAUACAACUUUACUGUUACUCUCUGCAAUCAAAUUGGUUGUGUAACCAGUGAGCCAGGCAUGGGGCAAACCUUGGCAGCUGCUCCAAGAAAACUUAGUGCCCCUCAUGUUGAAGGAAUAAACAGCACAAUGGUAAAGAUAAAUUGGAGUGAACCUGAAGAGCUUAAUGGGCCUUCUCCCAUCUACCAGGUGGAAAGGAUGGAUUCAUCUUUAGCUACUUUGAGUACAGAAGUAAUGAAAGGGAUCCGUUUCCCAGGAAAUGGAUAUUACAGAUUUGCUAGUUCCACACUGCCUAGCAAUACUUACUUUACAGGUAUUAAAGUGAAAUUUAGAACCCAGGAGCCUGAUGGUUUGAUUUUUUUCUCUGCAUCACCUGGCAAUCAGGAGGAAUUCAUUGCACUGCAGCUGAGGAAUGGACGUCCUUACUUUCUUUUUGAUCCACAGGGAUCUGCGGUAGCAGUCACUCCAACUAAUGAUGGUGGAAAAGAGUACAAUGAUAACAGUUGGCACCAAAUAAUUGCUACAAGAAUUCAAGCACUGGGAAAUAUCACCGUGGAUGGGCAGUACACAGGUUCUUCCUUAGCAACUAGUGGCAGUACCAUUAUUGGCGAGAAUACAGGAGUUUUUGUUGGAGGACUUCCGCAGGGUUAUACUAUUGUAAGAAAGGAUAUAAUAGUCCAGAAAGGAUUUGUGGGGUGUCUCAGUGACAUCUUUUUGAAAACAGUGCAUACUCCCUAUGAAAAUUGGGAAUCUUUGAACUGGCAGAAUGCUGAAGAGCAAAACAAUGUUUAUCACAUUUGGGAAGGAUGCCCCAUUGUCCUCUCAGAAGGAGCACAUUUUCUUGGCAGAGGGUUUCUGGAGUUGCAUUCAGGUGUUUUCAGUGGUGGAGUGGAAUUUGAGAUCUCAUUCAAAUUCAGAACAGAUCAACUGAAUGGAUUGCUUUUGUUUGUUUACAAUAAAGAUGGCCCAGAUUAUCUUGCAAUUGAACUGAAAAGUGGAAUAUUGAACAUCUUUUUUAAAACUGGCAUUGUCUUUACACAAAUGGAUCUCUGGUUGGGACUGUCUUAUUGUGAUGGAAAGUGGAAUGAAGUCACCUUGAACAAGGAGGGCUCUGUGAUUUCAGCAAGUAUGAAUGAACUCAGAGAGCAGGUGCUCAAACCCCAUGUUCAGGAGCUGAAAAUAAACUCACCUAUCUAUGUAGGAGGAAUCCCACCCAAGAUUCGGAGUUUUUAUAAAGAUCUGGGAUUACAAAAAGGUUUCGGUGGUUGCAUGAAGGAUGUUAAAUUUACACGAGGUGCUGUCGUUAACUUGGCAUCUGUGUCCAGCAGUGCUGUCAGAGUCAAUCUGGACGGAUGCCUAUCAACUGACAGUGCUGUUAACUGCAGGGGAAAUGACUCCAUCCUAGUGUACCGAGGAAAAGAGCAGAGUGUUUAUGAGCGUGGUCUACAACCAUUUACAGAAUACCUCUACCGGGUGGUUGCCUUAAAUGAAGGAGGGUCAGUAUCUAGUGCAUGGAGCCGCAUUCGUACGAGAGAAUCAGUUCCACAAAAUGUGCCAACUCCCUCAAGAGUUCACAGUAUAAAUGGUUACAGCAUUGAGGUCACCUGGGACAAACCAGCUGGGGUCAUAGGUGUAAUUGAGAAGUACAUUUUGAAAGCAUAUGAAGCGGAUGGUCCCCAUGUACCCAUCACUAGUGCUGAGCUUGCUGAUGCUAGUAUGCUCACAGGCAUAUUGACAGGCUUGCAUCCCUUCACAAACUAUGCUGUAACCCUAACUGCUUGCACUUUGGCUGGCUGUACUGAGAGCUCGCAUGCAUUGAACAUCUCCACUCCACAAGAAGCCCCUGAAGAUGUGCAAUCACCCAUAGCAAUAUCCUUUCCCACGUUCUUGUUGAUGAGCUGGAGUCCACCGAAAACACCAAAUGGUAUUAUUACCCAAUAUACUUUAUAUAUGAAUGGAGUACCAAUUUACUCUGGAAAUGAAACUAAAUACGUUGUAAAAGAUUUAGCAGUUUUUACGCCGCACCAGUUUCUGCUCACUGCAUGCACGCUUGCUGGCUGUACAAACAGUUCCCAGGUCACCUUGUUUACAGCACAGCUGCCACCAUCUCAUGUAGAUGCCCCGGUCCUGACGGUUUUGGAUUCUAGAACGAUACAUGUGCAAUGGAAAGAACCAGUAGAAGUAAAUGGAAUCCUAGAUCGCUAUAUUCUUUAUAUUGCCAACAAUGAGCAGAAUUUUACAAAUUGGAAUGUAAUCUGUAACAGCACAGAACUUUUUCUGGAUUUUACUAUUCCGCAGCUUUUCCCGGGUACUGAAUACCUCAUAAAACUAGCUGCUUGCACUGGAGGUGGAUGUUCAAUAAGCGAAGCUAGCAGAGCUGUAACAGACGAGAGUACACCAGAAGGUGUUCCUGCUCCAAAAGCCCAGUCAUAUUCACCUGACUCCUUUAACAUCUCAUGGACUAAGCCUGAGUAUCCGAAUGGUAUUAUUACUAGCUAUGGAUUGUAUAUGGAUGGUGUUCUGCUGCAAAAUUCAUCACAGCUAAGUUGUUAUGCUUAUGGACUUGCUCCUUGGAGUCUGCAUUCCUUCAGAGUCCAGGCAUGUAAUGCAAAAGGUUGUGCUUUGGGUCCAUUGGUGGAAGCUCGGACCAUGGAAGCUUCCCCUGAGGGAGUGGUUGAUGUAUUUACUGCUAUUGAUGGAUCCAGAGAAGUUCAAUUAAAGUGGCUUGCCCCAAAUAAACCUAAUGGAAAACUGACCUACACAGUCCUUGUUACAGGUCUCUUCUAUGCUGAUCAAGAUAACGCUAAUUAUUCUAUUGUAAAUGAUACUCGGAUGUUAAGCAGCAGCAAGGAAUUCAAUGUAUGGGUACCCAUUAAAGGCUUGAUUCCAUUUUCUAACUACACAGUGCAAGUGAAUGCAUCCAACAGCCAGGGCAGCUUGAUAAGUGAUGCUAUAACAAUAGUCAUGCCUCCAGGAGCUCCAGAUGGCGUGAUGCCUCCAAGGCUUUCAUCUGCCACUCCGACCAGUCUUCAGGUUGUCUGGUCUACACCAGUUCGCAACAACGCCCCAGGCACACCCAGCUACCAACUCCAGAUGCGGCGGAGACAUUCUGCUGGUGACAUUUUAGAUUUGCUUCCCAGCCCUACUGCUUCCUUACAACACAGUGUUGGAGACCUUCAGCCAUACACUAAGUAUGAGAUGAGAGUGGUUGCCUCCAAUGGUUAUGGCAAUGCUUGUAGCAACUGGACUUCAAUGACUACAGCAGAGGACAAACCUGGACCUUUAGAUCCACCACUUCUAUUGAACAUUACAGCAAGGGCAGCAGGCAUCACAUGGCAGCAUCCUUUAAAGCCAAAUGGCAUUAUCACUCAUUAUAAUAUUUAUAAAAGUGGCCAACUGCAUGCUACCGUGCCAGGAACUAGAUCUAACUUCACCGUAGAAGACUUGCAUCCUUACACUGUCUAUGUGUUUCAGGUAGAAGGAUGCACUUCUAAAGGAUGCUCUCUUUCACCUGCAACCCCAGAAAUACAAACUCUUCCAGAUGCACCUGAGGAUAUUCCUGCUCCAGAGCUCUACUCUGAUACUCCAACUUCUGUGGUCAUAUCCUGGCAACCACCUGCUCACCCAAAUGGUUUGGUGGAAAAUGUGACAAUAGAAAGAAGGGUGAAAGGAACAGAACAAGUAUCAACUGUGGUGUCUCUUCCUCUCAGUCAGUCCAUGAGCUACAUUGACCAGAGCACUGCCCUGAGCCCUUGGCAGAAAUUUGAAUACAGAGUGCUAAUGAGCACUCUUCAUGGAGGCACGAACAGCAGUUCCUGGUCAGAAGUUACCACUAGACCAUCAAGACCUGCUGGUGUCCAGCCACCUGAUGCAGAAGCAUUGGGACCAUAUUCAGUUAAGGUCUCAUGGAAACCUCCUCUGAUACAGAAUGGUGAAAUCCUUAACUAUGAGAUUCGUAUGCCUGAUCCACGAAUUGUCAUUACUGGGAACCCUUCAUCAAGGUUAAGUCAUACGGUGACUAACCUUACACCCUAUACAAACUACUCAGUCACUAUAAUAGCCUGUACUGGAGGUGAUGGCUUUCUAGGAGGCUGCACAGAGAGUUUGCCUACAAGAGUGACUACCUCUUCAACAGUUCCUCAGAGUGUUAGUCCGUUGUCUGUGACUCCAAUCAGUGAGUCCUUUAUUGCCAUUUCUUGGCAACCACCACUAAGGCCCAAUGGUCCUCAUCUGAGAUAUGAGCUCCUGAGACGUAAAAUCCAGCAACCACUUGCAUCAAAUCCCCCUGAAGAUUUAAAUCUGUGGCACAAUAUUUACUCAGGAACUCAGUGGUUUUAUGAAGAUAAGGGUCUUAGCAGGUACACAACAUAUGAGUACAAGCUCAUAGUGCACAACGAGGUGGGAUAUACAUCAAGUGAAGCAGUGAUAGCUACUACAUUAGCAGGAUUACCAGAGAAAGGAAGUAUCCUCAAUGCCCAUGCUGUUAAUCAUACUGCUGUAGAAGUGGAAUGGUCAAAACCAACACUACAGGAUUUGCAAGGAGAUGUUGUAUAUUAUACUCUCUUCUUGAAUUCCACUGAUGAGAGAAGAUCUCUAAGGAUCCAGGCUGAUGUAAACUCUAUAGUCAUUGGUGAUUUGCAUCCCAACACAGAGUAUCAGAUAUUUUCUCAAGUUUUUAAUGGAGUCCACAGCAUCAACAGUGAAGCUGUACAUGUGACUACCUCAGAUGGAGAGCCUGAGGGCAUGUUCCCUCCAGAGGUUGUCAUCAUCAACAGUACAGCUGUACGUGUCAUCUGGACAUCGCCUUCAAACCCGAAUGGUGUUGUCACAGAGUACUCUGUCUAUGUAAAUAAUAAGCAGUACAAGACUGGAAUGAACGAGCCGGGGUCCUUUCUUUUAGCAGAUUUGUCUCCAUUCACCGUAUAUGAUAUACAGAUUGAAGCCUGCACAGUGUAUGCCUGCGUGAGAAGCAAUGGGACCCAGAUUACAACUGUGGAAGAUGAGCCAAAGCAGCUGUCAGCACCCAUUAUUCACAUAAUUGGCUCAAGAUCUCUUAGAAUCAACUGGGCAUCACCAGAACAGCCAAAUGGCAUUAUCCUAGGAUAUGAACUCUUACGUAAAGCAUGGCAGAAGUGUACCUCAUCAAAGACUCCAAGGAGCAGCAAAAGUAACAGAAUGUGCAUCUCAUUAGAAUGUAAAAAGCAUGAAAAUAUCUGUGGAGAAAUGUGUUAUCAUCCAGAGUUGAAGGUAUGUUGUAAUGGGAUUCUGCACGACAGUAAACCUGGCUUCCAAUGCUGCGAGGACAAGUACAUUCCAUUUAUUCUUAAUUCUCCAGGGGUUUGCUGUGGUGGUCAGAUACACGCUGUGCAACCAAAACAUCAGUGCUGUGGUGGUUAUUACACUAGAGUUUUAGUAGGAGAAGUAUGCUGCCCUAACAAAGAGGAAAACAGAGUUUCAGUUGGAAUUGGUGACUCGUGCUGCCAGGGAAUGCCUUACUCCACCUCGGGCAAUCAAAUCUGCUGUGGUGGAUCCCUGCAUGACAGUUUCAACCAGCAGUGCUGUGGUGGAAGAGUCAUAAGCAUGGACUUGAUCUGUUGUGGUGACGAAAAAGAAGGGACUGCAUACAGACCUCUCACGG